UAUUUUAUUAAAUGAGUUGAUCAAUAAAAUUUGUUUAUAUUUAUAUUUCAAUUGACUUAAAUAAUAAUAAAUAUUUUAGAAACUGAUAAUUAAUAUUAAUAAACUUAUUUGUGAUAAUAAUAUAAAUGGGGGUUAAUGAAAUCGAUAGUGAAUCGAAGAAAUCGAUAGAAACUUUAGAAAUGUCAAAAUCAAAGGGUAAAAAAAAAAAUAAAAAAAAGGAGGAUAAUAAAGAGCGUAAAUUACGACCGCGGAUGUCGAACAUAAGAUACAGUGUGCAAAUAGAAAGAGAACUGGGCGAGUCUAGUGAAGGAAGACAAUUGUUAAUUAAAAAUGACAGCAAAUCAUUGAAGCGACGUUGGGCUGCACUGGGUCUUUUUUGUGCCCUAAAUAGCACGCAGUGUUGCGUUUGGAACACAUGGGGACCAAUUGGUAAAUCUGUUAUCCAGGCGUUUCCUAAUUGGAACAAAAAUUCACUCGCGCUUAUUUCCAAUUGGGGCUGCAUUACUUAUUUGACUUGUUGUCUGCCUUGUUGUUGGCUGCUCAAUGAAACAGAUUUGUCAACUCCAUUAAAAAUAGCCGCCGUCUUGUCAACAGUCGCAACUUCCUUACGUUGCAUAUCCACCCGCACAUCAAUCUUCACCACGACCGCACACAUGGCAGCGAUAAUAAACGGACUGUCCGGAGUCAUUAUCGGACCAGCCACAGCUCUAGUUUCCGCCGUCUGGUUUCCAACAGGAGAACGCACGACCGCCACCGGAAUUUCCUCAGCAUCCAGUCAAAUCGGGAUGGCUCUUUCCUAUAUCCUCGGACCGGCCCUUGUUGGGCUCAGUAAAAAUAAUAAUUCGCCUCUGUCCAGCCGAAGUUCGAUUCCGAGUCUCCGUACUGUCCAAAUUACAGGACCGAGUCUCAAUUUUACUGAUGAUAAUAAUAACAGCUCAAGAUUAUCUGGUAUAUCUGUCUAUCAGAUAAAUUUGCAAGACCAGAUAAUGUCGUUAAUGAGAAUCGAAUUUGUUAUUCAAUGCAUGGUAUUAAUUGGAAUAUUAGCAUGUUUUCCAAAACAGUCCCAAAUAUCAAACACGAAUAUUCAAGUAUCAACUCUCGGAUUAUCCGAGUCAUUGAUUAAAAUCACGAGAAACAAGAACAUGUGGUUUCUUUGUCUCUCUGCGGCAUUAACUCAGGGUAUGACCAGUCCUUGGCUAGCGAUGAUAACAAUGGCCUUUGGAACAAUUACACAAGAAGAAUCAGAUAAACUAGCAUUUUGGACAGUGGUCCUAAGUAGUAUAUUAUGUCUAGUAACAUCGAGAAUAAUGGACAUUGUUCAAGGCCAUUUAAAAACCGCGAUAUCAAUAUUGCUUAUUAUUUCAUCGAUGAUGUUUCUAUGGAUAAUUCUACUCGAUUGCAAAGUACUCGUCUUUCAUAAACACAAAUUAUAUGCUGCUGUAAUACUUGGCAUUGCUACUAACUGGUCAACUUCCGCCCUGUACCUGGAGCUGGCAUCCGAAAUUUCUUUCCCCAUUUCCGAAGCCAUUGUCGGCGGUUACAUGAUUUUUUUAUCAAAUAUUGUUGGGAUGAUAUUUUAUUUGUCUUAUUGUAUUCCUGGCAUGGGGGGACGAUGGUCAACUUGUCUAGUAUUUGCAAAUAUUUCUAUAUCAGCCAUUUUUAUUAUAUGCGUCAAAGAAGAAUACAAUCGCACUAAACGUGAAAGUCAAAUGAUUCCACAAAAUAAUUCAUAAAUUAUAUAUAUAUAUAUAUUUUUUUUUAUUCAAAUUUAUAAAUUUAUUUUAUAAAAUAAUAAAAGAAUUUUUGGUUA